ACGCCCACCUGGCAUUUACAUCCAGUCAGACUUCAAUGUGUAUUACAAGGUGGGCGAGACUGUUCAGUUGCUGUGUGUAGCUGAUGGAAUUCCUAAACCCAAAUAUACAUGGAAAAGAAAUGGCAUCGACUUUAACCCAAGUGGUCAUGGCGAGCGAAUGGUACAACUGGCUAAUGUUGGCACCAUUGUCAUUAACAUGCCAGAAGACAAAGACGAAGGAAUGUACCAAUGCUUUGCGGACAACGGCUAUGGCAAGUCGGCCUCUAUAAUGUUUAAUUUGCGGGAAGCCAAGUUACAGGAGUUUGGUAUAGAGGCAGAUAUCACCCAUCGUCCAAAGCUUGGCAGCCACUUGACGCUGGAGUGUGUGGCCCCCGAGAGCAUCCCGCCACCUGAGGUGUACUGGGUCAUUAAAGACAGAUACGGCGGCUUCAAUCCUGUCAACUUUGAUGGGCGCGUAACAAUGGACCAUGAAUCUCGUCUGCGGUUUACGAAUGUGAUUGCAUCUGAUCAAAAUAAUAACAACCCAUUUGCUUGUAUGGCCAUGAAUAACUUGGUGAGGAAAAACACACAAGGAGCCCAGCAAUAUAUCAUACCCCAGGGAAACUCAGAGGAACAGAAAACAGUUCAAUAUUUGUGGGCAUCUCCCCUUGAUCACUUUGGACUGAAAGACAGCAUCUUCAAACUCAAGUGCAUCUUUUCUGGAAAUCCAACUCCGGAUGUUCACUGGGAGCGAACCAAUGGACAGCCAUUCCCAGACCAUGUGCAGUUCUUGAGUUUCGGCCAGGAGCUGCAGUUUAAUGGGCUGAAGUUGGAUGAUCAGGGAGAGUACGAGUGUUGGGCCACGAACAACUUGACACCCCAGCGAGUUCAGAGGAACAUGAAAAUAAGGGUGGAGUCUGUGCCCUACUGGAUUGAGGAACCCAAGGAUGUUGAAAUUGGUAUUGGUGGUAAGGCAGAAUUCCGAUGUAUAGCUGGCGGUGACCCGAAACCCACAUACUUCUGGUUUGUGAAUGGCAUUAGUCUUGGAGCUGUGAAUGACCCUCGCAUAAAUGAUCGGUUCCGGAAACUUACUGAUCAAUUGGUGGUGUUUGACAAUGUUAACAAAGAAGAUGCCAUGGUGAUCCAGUGCAAUGCCACAAAUAAACAUGGCUACGUCUGGGGAGACUUCUAUCUUAAUGUCCUUUCUGAAGCACCAACGAUUAUUACACCCCCACAACCACAAGUAAUAACUGCUGAGGGUCAGUCAAUCAAUUUGACCUGUCAGACGACAGGCAAGCCAGAUCCUCAGAUCACAUGGUUCAAGGAAGGACAGCAGAUCACUGGAGGGCGAUACCGCACCAUGCUUGAUGGAUCGCUGCACAUUGAUAAAGUAGUAUUGGCUGAUGCAGCACAUUUUGUGUGCAUGGCUGAGAACCGAUAUGGCAAGGAAAAGGCCAGUGGUAUUCUACUAGUACGACGUAAAACACAAAUAGAACAGAAACCGUUGGAUCUUGAAGUGUAUGCCGGGCUGGAUGCCAAGUUCACAUGCUCUGGGACCACAGAUCCAGAAGAGGUCGGUAAUCUCAGAAUCCUCUGGCAGAAAGAUAACAAGGACAUCACAGCUAAUGACCAACGGAUGACGACCAAUAAACAGGAUAACUCCCUGACAAUUAGUGGCACCAUUGUGCGUGAUUCGGGGACCUACACCUGCAUAGCUACCAACAGACUGGAUAAUUCAACAUGGUCAGCCAUGUUAACUGUAAAAGACAGACCCGGUGCUCCGACUAAUGUGAGAAUCAAGAAGUGUGAGGCCGGUAACGCAACCGUAGUCUGGACCCCGGGCAGUUACAACAAUGCUCCUGUGCAGUACUUCAUUGUGCAGUACAACACUUCAAUGAAGCAGGACAAAUGGGUUUAUGCAGUCAAAGUCGAGUCGCAGAAAACGUCCACCAAUGUGUCACUGUCGCCAUAUACGAUCUACACAUUUCGGGUGCUGGCGUAUAACAAGAUCGGCGAAAGUGAUCCAAGUGCUCACACAAAUGACGUUUGCCGCACAAAUCCUGAAGUGCCCAGAAAGCAUCCGGCCAACGUGCGAACCAUUGGAGAAGAGAAGAAUUAUCUCAUCAUUGAAUGGACUACGAUGCCUCCCAUGGAUCAGAAUGGACCUGGGUUUCAGUAUGUGUUGGAAUUCAAGAGAGUCGGCGAUCUGGACAAGGAUAAGCGAACCGAGUAUAUAGAUGACUGGAAGCAGUUUACCUAUCGGUAUCAGAGCAAUGACAUAUACACUGCUUACGAGAUCACACUGAAGGCGAGGAAUAGUAUUGGAGAGGCUUCAGCCACAGCUCAGACUAUCAUUGGCUAUUCGGGAGAGGACAUUCCAACUAUUGCGCCGUCAAAUCUGGUUCUGGGACAAAUCAAUGCAACUCAAGUUGUACUUUCAUGGAACUUUGACAUGAGUAUGGUUGAUAUUCCCAACACUCCUCUCAGGGGAGAGUUCAAAGGAUUUAAGGUGCAACUUUGGAGGCGAAAUCACAAAGAGUCGACUUUCCGAGUGUACAACAUCCCUCCUGAUGUAGCUAGAAAUGCUGCCAAGGGGAAUCUCAUCACAGCCUCGGUACGGGACAUGUUGCCAUCCACCGACAUGGUGGCGCGCGUGUCCGUCUUCAAUAAUUUCUACGUGAGCAGGCCCACAGAGAUGGUGGAGUUCAAAACCAUUGAAGGAGUGCCCGGUCCUGUGGAGUUUUUUCGUGCCCGCAAUCUUGGAGACAACCAUUUUAAUCUGGAGUGGGGAACACCCAUGGAUGAGAAUGGCUUUAUAAUUGGAUAUGACAUCGGCUAUCAGACAGUACAUGGCCUGGACCUGGGGAAGAUGCAAGACCGAGAGCCACAGAUCAAUAACCGCUAUCAGACUUCGGAAAUGUUGAGUGGUUUGCUGCCAAAUACUAAAUAUCGUGUCUACAUCUGGGCGCGCACAGCCCGGGGACGAGGAGAGGGCUACUUCAUUGAACUGACGACCACAAAGGAAGGACGUCCUGGUGCCCCACGAUACACAAUCGCAGAAGUGGGUGAAACAUUUAUUAAUGUGACCUGGUGGGUCAAUCCAUACGCAUCCUCAGGAACGGUUAUUUUCGUAGAAUACCGCAAAGAAGGUGCCCCUGAGUGGCAGAGAACCACGGAUGAAGUUGUUAACCGGUGGAAAAAGAUAACUGACCUGGAAUCAGGAACCUAUUAUGAUAUCAGAGUUGUGGCAACGAAUGGAAAUCAAAGAACAGAAUCGCACAUUGAGGAAGUGAGCACAGAUGGAGUUGCCGCAGCAUCAGCAUUGGUUGGUAAUAUCUGGUGGUUUAUUGGAAUGUUGUUGGCAGUCAUCGCCAUCAUUGUCAUUGCCAUUUUGGUGUACUUCUGCUGGAAGAAAGGCUUUGACUGUGGCGGUGAGGACAAGCACGAACGCACCGAUGUCUACAAGGAUACUCAAUAUUCAGACACGCACCGAUUCCCCAGCAAAUCAUCGGAUGUAGGAACCGAUUCGAAAGCGUUCUCCAACGAGUGGUAUGACAGGCACCCUGACAGUGACGAAGAAGAUGGAUUUAGGCGAAGCCAGCAUUCGCUGAAUGAGAGUAUGGAGAAGCGUCCAUACAGUUACCAUAGCGAUGACCACGACAGUCGCUACUCCGGCCACUACUCGCAGGAACCACGGCAUUCCGAACCUUACGACGACGCCUACGAAGAGUACAACCGCCCCUCGGGAUAUGACCCUGAUGUCGACGAGAGAGAGCCUGAUAAGUUUGACCGGGACGGCUACCCUAAAAACCAGAGAUACACAGUCGAGAUGUCCCCUGAACAGGUGGUUCCUCCAACAGACACCUUCGUCUAGAUCCACCAUUUUACAGACCUGUGUUAGCUAAUACAGAGCUUAGGUGAUACUUAGAAAAACGCGGUGAAAUGAAAAAACAAAUCUUUAGAUCAUUACUUCUGUUAGGUUGUUUUUUUAUUCUUUAGAAGAAUUGAAAAUAUAGUGAAAUGAUAAAAAAAGAUAGAAAUAGUAUGAAUCAAAACUACUAUUAUUUUAAUUGGUGCUGAGAAGAAUAAUUGAAAAUUGUUAUUUUAGUGAAUGCUUUUUAAAAAACUUUUAAAUAUUUGUGAAAUGAAAAAGAUACCAAUAUUUGAUUUUUACAAUUAUUUUUACUUAGUUGGUGCUUAAGACAAUAAAUUGUAAACUUUAAUUAGGCAACUGAGAAAUAAUCUUUACUUCAGUUUUUAAAACAAUUUUGCAAGAAGCAUAAUUAUAUAUUAGAUUUUAAAAAUAUUUUAUAAAACAUAUUUUAUGUACAUUCUAAAUACAUUUUUAAACACUCCAGUGUCAUAUUUUUACAUUAUAUUUAGAACUGAUUCUUAUCAUAUAUUUUGCAGUUUUGUUUCUAAAGUGUACGUACCUACAUUUUAUUCCUUACAAAGGGAUUAGAUCAGAAAGAUCCUUUCCAAAGUGGUCUGUGCCUUGCCAUUUGCAUGUAACAUUCCCGGGCUAGUGAAUAUAAAAUUUCAUAGCAUCAAGUUUCAUUCAAACUGAAUGGUUUUGCUAUGUCAGAUUAAGUCUUAGAUUUAAAUUGUAAAGUUUUAUAACCAUUGGCCCAAAUUUGUUUUCUUUACACUGAAACAGUGAAACUAUUUUUAUAAUUGUGUAAUGGAAUUUGCGCUGUAUAUGUGUAUUUACAAUUUAUAGCUAGUUGUCAAAUAUAUCCACUUCAAAUAUUCCAUGAGAGCAUGUGUAUAUGAAUUUAUUUUGCAACCACCGUUUCUAUUGACAGAUUAUGAUGACGGAUAAAGUAAAGUCAUAUCCAUAUAAUAGCAGGAUAUAACUUUUGAUGUCACAUGCAUAGCUACAUUACAAAAUCGCUCAUUUGACCUCUAGGUUAUUGUACAAUGUAGCUGAAAUAACAGAAAUAAUAUCUUUACUCCUUAAUUUUUAUUGUCUGGAAGAUAAAGAUAAUAACUAGUUCAUGACGUUGGAACCUGAGAAAUUCUGCUCGGCAGAACCUUGCAGAAUUUCCCAUUCUUACCUUCACAGGAUAACGGCAAUAUCCUACGCCAUUAACUAGUUAUUCUCUAUAUAUCCGUUCAAUAGUUUUAUUAAUAAUUAUGUAAAUUGCAUAUCAUUCCUCGUAUCGUACAUGUACCUUUAUCCAGUUAUUUUUUAUUGUUUCUUAUGCUUAUAUAAGCAAUGUUAAAUUAUGCAAAUAAGCCAUUUUUAUUAAUGAUAUAUGUAUGAAAUGAUUUUUAAAAAUAAUUUCAGAUUAUUAUUUACAUUUGGAAAUUAAUACAGAAGUUAAUUCUGUCAUGACUGUAAUAUUUUAAUUGUGUACAUCAUUGUACAUAGUUUUUACUGUUAUUAGUUUCCUACCGGUCCAACCAGAGGGGACUAUAGGUUUCAUCUCAGUUCCUCUGUCUGUCCUACGUAUAGUUUUUCUCAUGUUUUUUUCACAAGUCUUGAGAGAUUAAGCUGAAAUUUUGUUUAUAACACUAUCAUGUACUACAGAUCAAGUUUGAUUUUUAUGAUGAUUUACUCAUUUGUGACAGUUUUAUGGACUAGGAGAGAUGAAAAUUGGCUUUUCUAAUUUUAUUUUUGCAAUGCUUCAAGAUACUGAGCUGACAUUUUCUGUUACAAAUCAAGUUAUACUUUUAUGGCAAUAUAUCCAUGUUUCACAGAGUUAUGGCCCUUGAACUUAGGAGAUAUGAAAAUGUGUUUUCCUAAUUUUAUUUUUGCAAUUCCUGAAGAUAUUGAGAUGAAAUUUUUUAUGUAGAUUUAUCAUGUAUUAUUACAAAUCAAGUUUAAUUUUUAUGGUGAUUUACCCAUUUUUCAGAGUUAUGGCCCUUGAACAUAGUAAAUGUGAAAAUGUUUGGGUCUGGUUGGGGACAUGUAUUGCUUUCGCAGUAUUCUCAGAAUGCUUAUUUUACAUAUCAACAUUCUUACAUUCCUGUAAUGUAGAUAGACCAAUGGUUUUUUUGUAUAUACCACUGUCUAAUGUCGCUGUCAGUCAUAUAAAGGAAUGUUACCCUAUUUGGACUAACUAUCAUGCAUGUAAUCCUUUAUAGUACUUCAAACAAUUUAUUUAUGUGGUCAUCUCAAUUUGCCCCAAAUUUUGAACUUAACAUGUUUUGUAAAUAAAACCCCAAUUAAUCCUGACCAACAUAGUUUGAGUGUGGAUUAUAAGGUUUUUGAUAAUCAAGAUAACAACAGUCAUAACAAUAAUUUGAAUGAAAGCCAAACACCUGGCAACUCAUUACAAGGUGUGAGUAUUAGAUUAUAUUUAUGAUUGCAGAAAAAUCCUUUAAAAAAGGCGUGGAACUUCAGUUGACAACAACAUGUGUGCACUCCACAUUAUAGAAAUAACUGUUACAUGACUACUUGACCAUUUAUUACGAAAUUGAGAGAUAUAUUUGUUAUUGUUACGGCUGCAGUUAUUUUGACUGUUUUUAACUCUGAAGACCAGGUUCAAACUACUUCCUGUAAUAACUUGAUCUGUCAACAUAAACCUUAACAUUUAUGGGGAAAAUAUGAAUAGUCCUUCGUCUUUUAACAUAUCAUUGCAUUGAUAAAACUUUUUAUAAAAAAAAAAAAAAAAUUAAAAAUGAAACUUUUAACAUUGCAUAUUUUAUGUAUAGACUGUAAAUAACUCUAGUAAUUUAGAAUAAUUUUGUAUGUACCGGUACAUGUGUAUUUUUAUUAGUCAUGAUUAUAAAUAAAUGAUUUUAGCCCACACAAGUUGAAAGUACAUGUUGAAAUUUGAAGUCAGAAGAUGUUCUUUAUAUAUAUAUAUAUAUAUUCAGUGAGACUAACGAAACUGGAACAGUUUAUCAGCAUUGAUUCAUUUUUGUUUUUUCUUUUUGUAUUUGUUGAAAACAGUUUUGUGGGUUAUGAUUGGAGAUCUUUGUUUUCACUCAAAGUUUAUAUGUAAAUAUUUCUACAAAAUUCAUGCAUCAUUUUGUAGAAGCUUUUUUUUACAUUCCAGCAGAAUCAUUUUUAAUAAUAAAAGAUUUUUAUAUAAACAA